GGUGUUCGCACGUACAACAUAAAUAGUUGGAAUUUAAUCGAUCGAGUUCAGAGCCAUCGGUCGAUUGGAAAGUUCCUUGCGGUGUACUCAAGACAUUGUAGCAUUGGACUUGUCGAUAAUCGUUUCUCCAGAGGAUCGUUACAUUCACAUUUUUAUUAAGGUUCGUCAGCUUGUGUAUGUCAACCACCACCCGGACCAUCUAGCCCAUCAGCAGCACCCAGUCAAGGGCUAUCUGGAAGACUAUUCGGAUUACUCAAGAAGUUUCCAAUGCAGAUCACCAGCCCAUCCAAGGAGACCCCUCCACCCCCUUCUCCUCAGGAUGACCCUCAUACCACCGAAUCAGAAGAUGAAUCAGAAUCAGAACAGGAUCAGGAAGAAGAAGAUGAAGAAGAAGGCGAAGGGGAAGAAGAAGAAGAAGAGGAAGAAGGGGAAGUCGAAGAAGAAGAAGAAGAGGGAGACGGAGAAGAGACUGAACAAGAGAUCGUAACUGAAAGCGAGGAAGAAGAGGAGGAAGAAGAAGACCCCCUGGGUGAUGAACAAUGCAAGGCAAUCAUGGAGAACUAUCUACUCGAGACCUCGACACGGACCAAUCUCUUGAAGAAUCGAAUCCAAACACACUUCAGACCCGCCCUAAGACGAAGACUCGACUUCGAACUAUCUCGAAUCACGCCGAGCAUCGCGAAUGUCACCGCACUAGAUUACCAUCAACGCGACCAAGGGGUCUUGAGACGUACCAUGGAACACGUCGCUCGGCUGGCCAUCGAGCAGAAAACUAUCUCUAUCGGCAUCAAACGUAGUCAGAGUCAACAAGAUCAAAUCUGGGACGAGAAGGAGAAAGAUCAUCAUCGGAAGCGUCAACGGCAACUGACCAAUAACAGCGGAUCGGUUUCAUCCAAGUCGAGCAAGCAAACAGUUGAUCCACACGAGCCAUCCCGGGCCAACGGAGGAAAUAAUGGACGCGCACCGGUCCGAUCGAAGCCACCGACCUCGCGCUCGAACACAGGAGGAGCUCACGGACGGAAGCAGUCCAACGCGUCGCUCGAGCCCACCGAGCUCAAUCCCAGACUCCCCUCCACACCGCUCAUCUCCGAACACAAGCCGGUCCGAUUGGCGCGUCGGAACGAGAGUCUGCUGAGCGUCAACGGAAGCCCGGUGAUCUCGUAUGCCCCCGACGAAAUCCAAGGCUUGCCCAACUCAACUUCUGCAGCUACCAUCAUCAGCUCCAAGUUCUCCGAACUCUUUCCCGCCAGUUCGGCCUCUUCGUCUAGUCUAGCUCUCGACCAUCAUCAUCUACCGUCCUCUAGCUCGCAUCUCUUCGGCAAUCCUUCGAAUCUUAAUCAGCUCCCUCAGAUCAGUCAGUUCACCUUCGUCGAAAAAUCUAAGUGGAAUCAACUCGAAGCUCAGUUAAACUCGCUCGAAAUCGACCAAAGUCAGAAGAAAAAAUUGGACGAUCUGUUGAAAGGUUGUUUAAACUUUGGCGAAAAUUAAUGCUUCUCCUUUCUUCUAGUAAAGCUACUUUGGAUCAUAGAAUACCUUGCAAGACCUCAUCUUUUUUUCUUCAAGUUACUGGUUUUAUUCAUUCAAUGUAUCCUGCACACUUCUACAUACUUUUUUUUUCCUCUCCCUUUUUUCCUCUCCUUUUUUUCCUGUCCUUUCCUCUCCUAUUCUUUGCUUUCAUUCUUGUUGUCCUUAAUGAUUCAUAUUACUUACAAGCUUGAAAAACAAAACAAAGGGGAAAAAAUAAAUCCUUUCUCCAUACAACUGGUUUCCUUGAUCUGAAUCCACCAGGCAGGUUUUUUCUAGUUUUCUCCUUUGAUCUUAUUUUAAUCCUCAAUUUACUCUUCUAGCUUGAA